UGCAGUAGAAGUUCGGACAUUCUGAAAACACAAGUGUCGAGAAACAGGAUGAUGAUGACCGACAUCGUCCAACGACGCCUGUAAAUUUGUUGUGACAGAGAUUUUUUUAUGUAUGGAGAUACUUUAGGGAAGAGUUAUUUUGUCAAAGUAUGGAUUCAUCGCCCUCAUUGGAAGCUGUUUAUCAGGCUGUGUAUUCUCUCUACAACAAUCCAAACCCGGCCGAAAAAGAAAAGGCCUCAGUAUGGCUGGGGGAACUGCAAAGAUCUGUUUUUGCAUGGAAGAUAGCCGACGAAAUGUUGCAGCAAAAACGAGACGUAGAGUCUUGUUAUUUUGCUGCACAAACUAUGCGGACAAAAAUUCAAUUGUCAUUUCACGAAUUACCUGCAGAAGCUCACAAUUCUCUGCGAGAUUCUCUCAUGGAUCACAUAUCUCAAAUAAAUGAGCACACCAGCAACGUCAUCGUUACACAGCUCUGUUUAGCACUAGCAGACCUCACGCUUCAAAUGUGUUCCUGGCAAAAGCCCGUUGUUGACCUGAUAAACAGGUUCGGUGGGGCUACUGUCAGCUUAUGGCCACUCCUAGAGAUUAUGACUGUAUUACCUGAAGAAGUCAAUUCACGUUCUCUCAGAUUAGGUGCAAACCGGCGUCAGCAUAUCAUAAUGGACCUUAAUGCUAGUGCCAAUACAGUUACAGAAUUUUUAAAAGUUUGCCUGGAAAAUGGGGGUGAUAAUACACAGAUUUACGUUAGGAUUCUUCGUUGCUUCACGAGUUGGGUAGCUGUUCACGCGAUAUCCCUUCAUGCUGUUGGUACCAGUGAGGUUGUCUCAUAUGCUUUUCAAGUCUUGGGUAACCAUAUGGCAGGAUCGCAGCUGCAUGAAGCGGCUGCAGAUUGCGUGUGUGUCCUCUUACAGUCAAUGAAGGAUGAAGAAUGUUCUAAUCAGAGUCAGACUAAUGGCGAGCUGGAAGUUCAGUUGCAGCAGCUUCAGUUGUGUCUUUUUACUAGUGUCAUGAACCUUGAACAGCCUUAUCACUUAUCUGUUGCACAUGAAGAUAUGGAGAAAUCGAUGAAUUACUGCCGUAUCUUCACUGAGUUAGCGGAGUCGUUCCUAGACAUAAUGGUCAAUGGAUGUAUGGGAGGAAAGCAGCAUUAUUCAAUUAAAAUACUGGAUCUGGUUCUUACCUGUGUCGGGCAUCAUGAUUAUGAGGUUGCGGGGAUCACUUUCAAUUUAUGGUACAGGCUGUCGGAGGAUCUCUAUCAGAGAAAUAGCGAUGACCUCAACAUGAUUUUCAGGCCGCAUGUUGAACGACUUAUAGGAGCGCUGUGCAGGCAUUGCCAGAUGGAACCUGACCAUCUGGGCCUUGUUGAGGAAGGCGGUGGUGGUGAGGACUUUGCUGAUUUCCGAGGCAGGGUUUCAGAACUGAUAAAGGACGUGGUAUUUGUUGUUGGAAGCAGUCAUUGUUUCCGUCAGAUGUUCACAGCAUUGACAGGUGCCAUAAAUUCGCAAGGUCAACAGCAAACUCCAACUUGGGACUCGAGUGAAGCAGCACUUUUUGUCAUGCAGGCUGUUGCCAAAAAUAUCUUACCCGAAGAAAAUGACGUUGUACCCAAAGUAGUAGAAGCAAUCUUAAAUCUGCCUGAAAAUACACACAUUGCCGUACGGCAUACCAGCAUUUUGUUAUUAGGAGAACUUUGUGAGUGGAUCGAGAGGCAUCCCCAGUCCUUGGAGCCGGUGUUGAAUUUCUUGUUGGCAUGCCUAAGCCAAAGAGGAUUGGGAGGCGCUGCCUCUGGGGCACUUCAAAGCAUUUGCGCUGUUUGUCCGCGGCAUAUGGCUGGACAUUUUCCAGGUCUCCUACAAAUUGCUCGAUCACUUGACAGUUUUGCAAUCACCAAUGAAGCUGCAAUAGGGCUGCUAAAAGGUGUUUCCAUGAUCUUGUCACGGUUGCCACAGGAUGAAAUUGGCCCAGCAAUGAAAGAGUUGUGUUGGAUUCAAGCCCGCCCACUGUGUCAACUUAUAGAGUCCCGAGGGAUUCCUAUAGAGCGAGGGAGCAAGUCAGAUCCUGUUGUUUGGUUAGACAGACUAGCAGCCAUAUUCAGGCAUACUAAUCUUCGCAUUGACAACCCAGCUGAACCUCAUCCCUGUCAAAGCGUCAUUACCGAGAUGUGGCCCGUACUCUCUAAUGCAUGUCACACAUAUCAGCAAGAUGCGAGGCUAAUGGAAAGGUGCUGUCGGUGUCUACGAUUUGCAGUACGUUGUGUUGGCAGGCAUUCAUCACACCUCUUAGAACCUCUUGUCAAACAGAUUGUCGAGUUAUACCGUGGGCAUCAGCACAGCUGUUUUUUGUACCUUGGCUCAAUUCUGGUUGACGAAUACGCCGGGGAUCCGGAGUGUGUAUCUGGGUUGCUCGGUAUGCUGGAGGCAUUCGUUGGACCUGCCUUUACGAUUCUACAACGUCCAGAUGGACUCAAAAAUCAUCCUGACACUGUAGAUGACUUAUUUCGCUUAUGUGCCAGGUUUCUACAGAGAGCUCCGGUGGCUUUCCUGCAUCUGGGAGCUCUUGGAAAUAUAGUAGAAUGUGCUCUUUUGGCCUGCAGUCUUGACCACAGAGACGCUAAUGCAUCUGUGAUGAAAUUCUUCUACGAUCUUAUACAUAGUGGACGAACUGAUGAGAAGCGACCAGAUUUUGAGAUAAGGCAACAGUUGGUCAGAGGAAUAAUAAGGGAAAAAGGACAGACGUUAGUAGCGAGACUGGUCCAGGCUUCCGUUUUUUCUCUGCACUCCUACAUGCUGUCCGAUGUCGCUGAAGUCAUCAUCGAACUCGCCCUCGUCGACAGAGAGUUGGUGUCAAGAUGGCUGGAGGAGGCGAUAAAAGCAAUGCCUGCGCAAAAUGCUGGCGGAAGUCCUACUGCAACACCGGCACAACUCCUGGAAUUUCACAACGCGGUUACGAGAGCAGAAACACCAAAACCUGUGACACACGCCCUACGAAAUUUUGCCCGACUGUUUCGUUGAUGCGGAUGCUUAGAUGGAGGAAUUCCGGAACGCUGCAGAUCAAGGUAUUCUGCUAGAACGUAAUGCCCUGUUUAUUGUCAUCGUUCCUGAGGUCACGUUGACAUUAACACAAGGAAAAAUACGACUUGGCGUUUCGUUUAGCUAAUAAAUAACUUUGAGUAUCAGAUGUCAAUUUACUACGCAUCAAUUCAAAAAAAUGCCAAUUGUUUAGAUGAGUUGUGGAUCAAGUGGGGCUCGACACUUUUGUUUAGAUUUAGAGAUCAAAUUAUUUCACGUAUCCAAUUACAUUAUUUGUGAGUGAGAUUUAAUCACAGAGUUCUGCAUAAGAGUUGGCGUGACCUGUGAUUCGCACUCUACCAGUAUCGUGAGUUGGUUUUAUUUUAUUCUUAACAUGUUGUGUGAGCUGACAGACAAAAAAUUUGUCAAUAAUCAAUUUAACAACAACAAUAACCGAGAAAUUAAUAAUCCGUGAUAGCUGGUUUUGCGCACCGCAACCCAAUACCGUUAAGCCUGUAAAUCUACGUGUUACCUAUCACGGCUUAGGUACAUGCGUCUAGUCAAAGACAAAAAGUAGGCAUUUGUGUCGUAAGUGAUUCACCCGUAGAAAUGCACCUUUCAAUUGAUGCGUAGUAAGUAUCGAAAAAAAUUCUGGAAUAUUAUUUUUGUUCAAUGGCAUUGAGACCGAUGUCUCAAUGCCAUGAGGUGCCGAUAUUUUUAGCGGAAUAAUCUUACACAAGCCAGCGAUAUCUACUAUCGAAAUUCCUGUCUCAAUUAGCAAACCAAGUCCAAAACGCUGACGAGUUGCAUUAAUAUACAAUAUAACUUUUGGAAGACAUCCGACUGCCCUUUCCCUCGAAAUACCGACUUAUUGCAGUCAGCGUUUCAAAAAUAUAUGUACAAGGCUUAAGACGAACGGAGCAAAGAACGAGAUUUACAUUUUCACAGCUGAUAUGGAAAAUUUAAUAUACCAAAUCGGUAGACCGACAGUGUUAUGCAUUGUGGAUUGGUUUUAUUGGUUUUUUUGGUCACUAAGGAACGACAGAUGUAGUAAAUGAAUAGUAGGACAAGAGCAAAUGUACGUUUUUCCUUUGUUCCUUAAUAUAAUUAUUUAUCCACUUUACAAAUUUAUGAAAAUACAGUGUAAAAUUUAUAUUCGAGAAAUUAUUGUACAAAAGUUGUGUCUAAUCUCAUCAAUUGAGCUUAUUGAGUCAGAAAUUUUAGAAUUUACGCAAAUAACAGAUUAAAUCGAGAUUGCAUUCUAAGUUUGACCAUAAUACCUUCAUAUUGCUGCGACAUUAGGCAUCCCGAAAAUUCAUUAUCGAUCAAAACACCAGAGUUUUUCAAGUAUGAACGCGGUCCUAUAGUUCUUCAUCUUCAUUUUUGUUCCCUGAUCUUCCCAUCCCAGUUGUACGAUGAUUAAGUUUGGAUAUUCACUACACUAACAUAAUGUUGCUUGGGUUCAAGCCACAUAUCGCCUAGCGCAUUGUAGCGUGUUAGAUACCCGCUGGUUUUAUUCGUGCUCGUAUCAUUUUCCCUGAUCAUUUUGUACGAAAAAAAAAACAUGCCCUGCAGUGUAGACCGACCUUGCAUUGACAGACUAAACAAGUCUGCAAAGACCACAAUCAAGCUUUCUCGACUCUGCUCAAAGAAUGGAACAGUACUUUGAUUAUCGUUAGAUAGAAACAAAUCACUGACCAAAAAUUUAAUAUUUACCAGAACGCGUAAUCUAUAUUAUCCGGUUAUUAUCAUAUGGAUGAUCGAAAACCGCAUAAUGUUGGGCACGUAUCUAUCAUGGCAUCUAUACUACAUAUACAUAUGUAUAAUUGAUGUUGAAUAAAAGGAGUUGUGCGUGAUUGUGGUGCGGAUGUAAUAUAGAUAUUGAGAUGAAUUAAAAAUAUGAUUGUACGGAUGGAUGCAUGAUACAAAAGACGCGAGUAUGAAAUAGGAGUCGUGUCAUAAGUAUAUUACAUUUAGGCUAUACAUAGAAAUAAGAAAUUUAUUCUAGUAACUAAUAUUGUUGACAAAAUUGUGUAAAAUUUUGAGGCGUUUUUAAUAUUCAUAAAUCAUUCUAAUUAAAUAUCAAUGAAAUUGAA